UAACGCAAACCCUAAUUUUUGCAUCCUAUAAAUUGAUAAAAAACUUUUAUCAGACGGUUUUCAAUAUUUUGGUGCUUCCUAGUUCUAGGGUUUUGUUUCUUCUCAAUCUGCGGAGAUGGGUAAAGGAACAGGGAGUUUCGGUAAGAGGAGGAACAAGACACACACACUCUGUGUGAGGUGCGGUCGACGCAGCUUUCAUCUGCAGAAGAGCCGAUGCUCUGCCUGUGCGUAUCCCGCUGCUCGCGUCAGAAAAUACAACUGGAGUGUGAAGGCAAUCAGAAGGAAGACCACAGGAACUGGGCGCAUGCGUUACCUUCGUAAUGUUCCCCGUAGGUUCAAGAGCAACUUCAGGGAAGGCACCCAAGCAACUCCAAGGAGCAAAGGAGCUGUUGCCACCGCUUAAAUUUGAAGUACAAUUUUGUUUGAUUUUCUACUUUAUAUUGUUAUUGGAAAACCAAGCUUUGAAUUAUUGUUUUUACAUUUAUAACAUUUUUGUUAUUUUUCAGUACUAGUAAAAUGCUUUGUCUUAUUCUUGA